CGCAGCCUCCAGUGCUCAUAAACCGCUUUAUGAUCAACCUGCGGACCAUCGACUCGGAAGUGCCAGAUUAUUUUAUUCAUAGUACAACUGAUCGGCGGCAAGGACAGUUGACACUGCAGUUCAGAAGACCAACGAAUCGGCUGGGAAGUAUUGGGGGGACGCUGCAGAUUGGUUGGGACGACAACGGAUCACACGGCGAAGAGAUUGAUCGCGCAGAAGUGGAUGAGGCAGGAAGUCGUGAGAACAGCGUGGAGGUGUGAACCGAUGCUGAAGACCGUACGAGGCUGUGCACGGUUUCAGGCAGACAGUAUAUAGCAUUUGUAAAUUACACAAACAGGAGACUCGAAGC